AUGUCGGACCUUUGUUUCAAAUGCUCCUGUGCACGUUGUUCACAACAUCCGGACGGAUCUACAUAUCAGACACGACAAGUCAUUUCAAAACAUAUAAAAAAAUGGCCCCAUGUACCACAGACUUCGAAGUCUGGUGUCGACAAAGCUGCACGCUCCAUUUCAACUGCGCCUGGGCAGGCAGUACCACGAGUAAGGGAUCUAAACUUACCUACUAACGAAGACCAGCACGACAACUUUGAUUUUGACCCUCCGGAUGAUGGACAUCAUGCAGAUGAAGAGCAUGCCCUUGCACCAGCGCACAAUGCAGCGCAGCCUCCGAUCCGCGACUUUAAUUUUCGUCCCGUCGUAUUGCCAGAUGAGCGUCCUGGUGUGCGUCUCGCAUAUCUCAAUGCCGUGGUUGGCAAUGUCUUCGGAAACCACACUGUUCAAGCUGCGACAGAUUCCCUCAACAACCAACUUAACUGUAUGCUCGUCGAGGGCGUUUUACCUGAGCAUCCACGACCUGUCUGCCAUCUCCUGAGCGCCAAGCGUCGGCUUGGGAUUGAUCCAGAUCAAUGGAUCACACAAUAUGCGAUAUGCUCCGAGUGCUGGAAGCACUAUACCCCAGUCCAGCUGAGAGAGCUUCCGUCUCCUUCCUGCACUAUUCGAGACUGCUCUGGGUUACUGUACGACGAGCGCGUGGAUGCGAAAGGAAAACUUGUUCGGACUGCGAAGAAAAUCAUGCCACACGUAUCCCUCAUUGGAAGUCUUCGACGAAUGUUCAUGCGACCGGGAUUUGCGAAAUCAAUUCGGGACAGCCGACAUGAUCAACCACGACGUAACGAUGACGAGGACUUUGUCAUGACUGACAUGCAUGACGGCACACUCUGGCAUGAACUCGAAACGAAUACCAUCCGUGAAAUUGGAGAGUUGGGUACCAUCCGCGAUCGCCCUCAAGAUAACAGACCGAUAGCUACAAAGAUAACGGAGCAUCGUUAUGGCCUUCAUUUAACAUUGAACAUUGAUUGGAUGGGUAUCCUCAAUAAUCGGCCGCAUUCAACUGGGCCCAUCUACUAUGCAAUAAAUGACCUUCCGCGAGAUCAACGAUACCUUCAAGUUAAUGCCAUAUGCGCUGCGAUCAUGCCUGGGCCCAAGGAGCCGAAUGUACAGCAAAUCAACCACUGCUUAGAGCCUUCGUCGUGUGAGCUAAUGGAACUGAAAAAUGGUAUUUUCUGUUGUGUCAAAAUGGAUGUCCACGGCGAAGAUGAACCUGCGAACAUCUUUGCAGACAACGAGAUUCUCGACUGCGACAUGCCGGCAUCACACAAGUGUAAUGGAACUGCGGGGCACAGCCAUGAUUUCCACCCUUGCGCAUUCUGUGAUGUUGACAUUGUGAAAGUCAAUACUCCGGAGGGCUACGAUAACUCCUGGACUCCCAAGGACGAUUACCAAAUGCUUCGACAAAGUUUUUAUUCGAAGGACGCUACCCAGGCACGUCAAGAUGCGAUCCUGAAGGAUUUUGGAGUUCGAUGGUCAAUCCUUAACCUCAUAUCAGGCUGGCUACCAUCUAAAAAGUCGGUACUGGACUUCAUGCACGCCAUCUUCUUGGGCAUCAUCUCACAUCUGUUCAUGCGCGUCUUAUUCGGCGGAUACAUGCUUUCUGGUAUCGGAGGCAUCAACUCUCCGAAACGAAGGUUCGAGGAGAUUAUCAAUGCUGUACGAUGGCCCAGUCAUAUUACUUGGCUCCCAAAAAAUUUGGGCGAGAACCAAAGUCUCAAGAAGGCUGAUGAAUGGCGCCGUCUUCUUACUAUCACCCCAGUUGUAUUGUGGUGGUCUUGGAGAGAUGAGAAUGACGAGAUUCCAGACAAGGAACCUCCCCUUCCGCCAAACACAGUUCAACCUGACUUUUCACGCAACUGUCGCUCACUUUAUCAGACCAUCCUUCUUCUCUGCACAGGUGUUCGCAUUCUUUCCUCCCGCACUAUCUCCAUGGCGCAGGCUUGGGUCGGACAGAGUUUCAUCUCGCACUAUUGUCUAGAAUCCCUUCGGCUUUGCGUUCCCCUGACUAUCAAUCACCACGCAUCAAUGCAUAUAGCCGAAAUGAUCCAAAAGGUUGGCCCAGUGUAUGCUUGGUGGCUGUUUGCUUUCGAACGACUCAACGGCAUGCUCGAACGUGUCCAUCACAAUGGUCAUGACGGAGGCCGUAUGGAGCUUACACUCAUGCGAAACUGGGUGCAGACACACCUCAUAUAUGAGUACCUACUUGCUCUUCCCCCAGACACCUGUCCCUUUGAUAUGAUGUCACAAAUCGCUGUCUAUCAAAGCGAGGCUGCCGAAGAUAAUGUCCAUUUACCUCUGCGAGCAGCAAAAUUUGUCGAUUUACGGUCAUAUGGUCCGCCAGGUGUUUUUUACACACUUCUUCUAGAAUAUUGUCGCAGACUAUGGCCUCAACUUCGACUCGUAAACGACUUGUCUCACGAUGAUGGCACUCCUUUCCUUGCUAGCAAGGUGGCUCGUAUGUUAACCUAUAGUGAUUCGUUGGGAUUUAUCUCACGGAACUCCACACGUGUCCCCGUUCAAAUCAUUGCUUUGUUUGUUGUUGGUAUCCUUGAUGUUGUUCCCCACGUCUGUGCUGUGGUGAGGCAACUUCAAUGUGAUGAUCGCAUUCCAGACAUGCCUUGGACAUGA